UACCACUUUGCAAUCUGAACGAUGUCCAUUUUGUGAAAGCCGGUCAGCCUACUAAAGCCUCGUCCCCGUGUAAAGGAAGAUUCAAAGAAAAACAGAAAUUGGGCAGAACCGUCGAUCGCUAGCCAGUUAUUAUCCGAAAGGAAAGGAAAUCUUAUCGUAUGUCCGCUAUCCAGAACCUCCAAACUUUCGACCCAUUUGCUGAUGCAACUAAGGGUAAUGACAGACUCCCAUCUGGGACUGACGACUACAUCCACAUAAGAAUCCAGCAGCGUAACGGCAGGAAGACUCUGACCACGGUCCAGGGCAUAGCCAUCGACUAUGAUAAGAAGAAGCUAGUCAAGGCCUUUAAGAAGAAAUUUGCCUGCAAUGGGACAGUGAUUGAGCACCCAGAGUAUGGGGAAGUGAUUCAGCUGCAAGGUGACCAGCGCAAGAAUAUCUGCACGUUUCUGAUUGAGAUUGGCCUGGCGAAAGAGGAGCAGCUCAAGGUCCACGGAUUCUAGAAGCUCUCAGCAGCCUCAGCUCCACUGGUCCUGAUACACUACAUGGCCAAAAGUAUGUGGACACCCCUUCAAAUUAGUGGAUUCGGCUAUUUCGGCCACACCCAUUGCUGACCGGUGUAUAAAAUAGAGUACAUGCAUCCAAUCUCCAUAGACAAACAUUGGCAGUAGAAUGGUCCGUACUGAAGAGCUCAGUGACUUUCAACGUGGCACCGUCAUAGGAUGCCACCUUUCCAACAAGUCAGUUCGUCAAAUUUCUGCCUUGCUAGAGCUGCCCCGGUCAACUGUAAGUGCUGUUAUUGUGAAGUGGAAACGUCUAGGAGCAACAACGGCUCAGCCGAGAAGUGGUAGGCCGCACAAGCUCACAGAAGGGGAUCGCGAAGUGCUGAAGCAAGUAGCGUGUAAAGAUCGUCUGUCCUCGGUUGCAACACUCACUACUGAGUUCCAAACUGCCUCUGGAAGCAACGUCAGCACAAUAACUGUUCGUCGGGAGCUUCAUGAAAUGGGUUUCCAUGGCCGAGCAGCCGCACACACGCCUCAGAUCACCAUGCGCAAUGCGAAGCGUCGGCUGGAGUGGUGUAAAGCUCACCGCCAUUGGACACUGGAGCAGUGGAAACGCAUUCUCUGGAGUGAUGAAUCACGCUUCACCAUCUGGCAGUCCGAUGGGCGAAUCUGGGUUUGGCGGAUGCCAGGAGAACGCUACCUGCCCGAAUGCAUAGUGCCAACUGUAAAGUUUGGUGGGGAAGGAAUAAUGGUCUGGGGCUGUUUUUCAUGGUUCGGGCUAGGCCCCUUAGUUCCAGUUAAGGGAAAUCUUAACGCUGCAGCAUACAAUGAAAUUUUAGAUGAUUCUGUGCUUCCAACUUUGUGGCAACAGUUUGGGGAAGGCCCUUUUCUGUUUCAGCAUGACAAUGCCCCCAUGCACAAAGCGAGGUCCGUACAGGACUGGUUUGUUGAGCUCGGUGUGGAAGAACUUGACUGGCCUGCACAGAGCCCUGACCUCAACCCCAUCGAACACCUUUGGGAUGAAUUGGAACGCCGACUGCGAGCCAGGCCUAAUCGACCAACGUCAGUGCCCGACCUCACUAAUGCUCUUGUGGCUGAAUGGAAGCAAGUCCCUGCAGCAAUGUUCCAACAUUUAGUGGAAAGCCUUCCCAGAAGAGUGGAGGCUGUUAUAGCAGCAAAGGGGGGACCAACUCCAUAUUGAUACCCAUGAGAUUGACAAGCAGGUGUCCACAUACUUUUGGUCAUGUACACUGAACAAAAAUAUAGCUGCAGCAAUUUCAAUGAUUUUACUGCAUUACAGUUCAUAAAAGAAAUCAGACAAUUUAAAUAAAUUCAUGAGGCCCUAAUCUAUUGAUUUCAUAUGAAUGGGCAGGGCCGCAGCAAUGGGUGGGUCUGGGAGGGCGUAGGCCUACCAUCUUGGGAGCCAAGCCCAAUCAAUCAGAAUUAGUUUUUCCUGACAAACGGGCUUUAUUACAGACAACUUCCUCAGUAACCUUUCAUUUACAGGGAUGUAAACAAAUUUGUGCACAAAAUUUGAGAAAUAAGAUUUUUGUGCUUAUGGCAAAUGUCUGUGAUUUUCUAUUUCAGCUCAUAAGAUGUUGGUUCCACAUUUCAAAUGUUGCAUUUAUAUUUUUGUUCGGUGCUGUGCCAAUAUCUCUGUUUAAAUGUUUUCCCCGUUAGAUUUUGUUUGUAUUGAAUUGAUGUCUGUGCCCAGUGGCUUCCUUCCUUCUCUUCUCUACUUUCCCUCCUUCCCACUACUGUUUGCUGAAAGGAUGGGAUAGAAUUCUACUUGGUGACAGGUCACAAAGGAACAAGAGAGUGCGUCGUCUGGUCAUAUGAUGAUGUUUAAGAGCAAAAUGAGACUGUCAACUGUGGAAGGUGUUCAGUGAUAGGUCCCCAUUCACUUUCUCUUAUCAUUAGGUAUAAAAAUCGUAUGAUAUUCUGGUCAGAUGCGAUAGAACGGCCACCCACUGCUUUCAAGUACAUAUAGGCCUACCUGGUUCUGAAGGUUAUCGAUCAUCCCCAAGUGUCAACCCAUGUCUUUACGGUCACCAAGGGAUCUUCUCUCCCGAUGUUUCUUCACCUGUAGCUCAAGAUGCGUGUUGGUUGCCUCUAGUGAGUGCACCUGAGCCACACAGACAUCAACAUGGAGCCUCACACAUUCAUACAACACACAUCCUAGGUAGGCAUCUCACUGUUUUAGCCACUGAGAGGAAUCACACCAGAGCACCUGAGUGUACUUGAAAGCAGUGGGUGGCCGUUCUAUCGCAUCUGACCAGAAUAUCAUCCGAUUUUUACACCUAAUGAUAGGAGAAAGUGAAUGGUAGUUCUUUAGGCUAACAGUGAAAAAAGAAACCUUUUCACAUCACAAAUGUAGGGUUAUCUCGUUUAGCUUCUUCGUGUAGGACGCAAAGCGACUAUUAAGAACUUCCAUGCUCUCUCUCUUGCUGAUGCACAGGGAGCCUGAGAAUUUUGUCAUGCUCCCCGGGACACUUGAUGCAUGCCCCAUUGAGAUGCGGGUCCAAUACCCUCCCGCACCACCGCAAACACUGUUCCAGUGUCCCCCUCUGCGGUCGUGGGAGAGCUGCUAAGCGCCACUGGCACGGAACAGCUGCAUUGAUGCUGUCACGACUGCUGUCAACAUCCCUCCAACCUGGGGUCUGAUGUGAUGCUAUAAAGGGCUUUUUUGAACUGUGCAAAAAUGUUACAUGUUUUUGUCUAUUGAAAGCAAGGGUAGGUGUGAAGAAACCCUGCCCACUACACAGAUCUACAAAAAACAAACUAUUGUGGGCAUAUCUAGGAUGGAAUUAUGUUUUCUUCUCUUUCUAAUGUAAAUUGGAUGGUUCUGGAGGCAGGCUCACAGUGAAAAAAAUGUGUAUAUGGAGACAUACCUUGUGAAUCUUUUUUUCUUUUUGGAAGUGGACCAAUAAAUAAAUGUUUAAGUUGC